AUCACGGCAUCCCCUAAAGGGAUUUCCGGAGGAAAUGCGGGGGUUGAGGGGUAAAUCCAUACUGUGCUCCCCCACAUUCAGAGACAUUAUCCGGGGCCAUUCUUGGCUUGUUUUCGUUGACUUCAAUGACGCUUCAUAUCUUUGUAUUUCGAGCAAAAUAGCCAGACAAGAUUAAGGUCACGGAUUCAUCUACGAAUCGAUACUGCGAGAUAUUCUAAGCUAUAGCUCACUUACCUUGACAACAUUGAACGAUUUUCGAGAUAUUCGAUUCUCACGAAGCAGGCAUUCUGUGCGAACAUCUCAUUUCAGCCAUCAGUAUCUCAAUUUCACAACACCAAUAAAUUGCAUCAUGUCAUCAAAACAUUACUUCCCCGAAACAGCAGUCAACACCCUCGUCCCCCGCUUCUUAACCGCUCUCACCCGAGCCAACCCUUCCCUAACAUUCCUCCCCUCUUACCGCGUCGUCCUGAAUAACACCGCCUCCCGGUCUCAUGUAACGCUCAUCUCCGGCGGAGGAAGUGGUCAUGAGCCCGCCUGGUCGGGGUAUGUUGGUGAUGGCCUCCUCACAGCUGUAGCAUGUGGCGAUAUCUUCGCCAGUCCGAGCAUGAAGCAGGUACUGGCCGCCAUUGCAGCGUGUCCGAGUGAUAAAGGGUGUAUCUUGCUGAUCACUAAUUAUACUGGUGACAAGCUGCAUUUUGGCUUAGCGGCUGAGAAGGCGAUGGAGAGAGGCUGGGUAGAGAGGGGCAAGUGUGUGGUGUUGCCAGCGACGGAUGAUGUUAGUAUUGGGAGGAGUAAGAGUGAGAAAGUUGGGAGGAGAGGUUUGGCGGGAAAUGUUAUUACGAUGAAGGUUUUGGGAGCGGCUGCUGCGAAAGAUUACUCCUUUGAAAGGUUAGUUGAGAUUGGGAAGGCUGUUAAUGAGCAGCUUGUUUCUAUCGGAUCAGCGUUGGAUCAUUGCCAUAUACCAGGAAGACAGAACCACGAUAAAAUCGGAGAAGACGUUUGUGUGGUGGGUGCUGGAAUCCACAACGAGCCAGUACGUUUCUUCCGCUCCUGUGAUGAUUUUGGAUACUGACAUUUCGAAGGCGGUGGAGGAAGUGUCACCCAUUCCCUCGGUCGAAGGUCUGAUCAAAAGACUAUUGAACUUGCUGUGCGACCAGAACGACACUGACCGAGCUUUUGUAAAGUUCAACAAGGCAGAUGACACAGUUCUCCUCAUCAAUAACUAUGGUGGUCUCUCAAAUCUGGAACUCGGCGCUCUUACUGAGGAGCUUUUGUCACAACUAGAGAAAUUUUGGAAUAUCAAGCCCACGAAGAUCUACGCUGAUACAUUCGAAACGUCUCUCAACGGACCUGGGUUUUCCGUAACAUUGUGCAACCUCACCAUUGCUGCCAAAGAAAGCAAAACUUCCGUAGAUGAGCUGAUGGAUUUGCUUGGCGCGGAGACAAAAGCCCCUGCUUGGCCUAAUGUGCUUGCUAAUACCUCAACGAAGGCAGCGAAGAAGGGUAGUCCAGAGGUGGACAUCGAGAAACAAGCUCCAAUAUCACCUGACGACGAUAUCAAAGUCGAUCCUAAACUACUCAAUUCUGCUGUCCGGACAGCAUGUAAGCGAGCCAUAGACGCAGAGCCCAAUCUGACCAAAUGGGAUAUGAUAAUGGGUGAUGGGGAUUGUGGCGAAGCAGUCCGAGGAGUCAGUAAAGCAGUUCUCCAAAUCCUUGACAACGGGACUGCGAUAUCAGGCUCAGUACAAACACUUCUGCAGGCGAUAACCAACGCUGUGGACGAUAUGGGAGGCACUUUGGGAGCAAUCUUCGGAAUCCUUCUCGCAGCUUUCUCCACGUCUCUCCGAGCCCAGAAAUCCAAAGGGAGCUCAGUCGAUAAACUGAUCGAUAUCUUUGCACCGGCUCUGGCGGAAGCAGUGGAAAGUUUGAAACAGCAUACCGGAGCGAGAGUUGGUGACCGGACGGUCAUGGAUGUACUGCUACCUUUCACAGAGACUUUGAAUCAAUCAAGGGAUCUGGGAGCAGCUGUGAAUAAGGCGGAGAGUGCGGCGGAGGGGACGAAGGAGUUGAAAGCGGGCUUUGGGAGAGCGAGCUAUGUCGGAGCUGUCGAGGAAAAGGAGAAAGUUCCUGAUCCUGGGGCGUGGGCAUUGAUGGAGAUCGCAAAGGGCUUGUUGGAGGGUGGAGCGGCGUAG